UUAUAGCGUUUUAGUGUUUCUCUUCUGACUUCGGAGGAGAAAGAAGAAGGAAAAAAAAAGUCAGUUACAACAAGGACUUCAAUGGCGCUCUCGAAUACUAUCUUCUCUGCUACUCAUCCUCGCCCUUCUUCUUCCGCGAUCAGCCGGCGAACUCGUUUCCCCGCUCAGAUUCCACCUCCAGAUCUAUCGCUUGCUUUGUUCGGUGAUCGCCGCAACUUCGUAAUGCCUCUAUUGACGAUGAGUAUGAGAAACCGUGUAUAUACUUCGAUUAACAGCACUGAUGAUGCCUCAGCUCCUUAUCCGAAAUCAGAAGACAACGACGAUGACUCUGUUCCAAUGCCAAUGGUUUUUAUAGACCAGGAUGCUGACCCUGAAGCUACUAUUGUACAACUCAGUUUUGGAGAUCGUCUUGGGGCUCUCAUUGACACUAUGAGGGCGCUGAAAGAUUUGGGAUUGGAUGUAAUAAAAGGAACUGUCACAACUGAAGGAUCUGUUAAACAGACAAGGUUUUCUAUAACGAAACUAGACACUGGUCGGAAAGUGGAAGAUCCUGACUUGUUGGAGCAAAUUCGGUUAACAAUCAUCAACAAUCUCUUGAAAUACCAUCCGGAAUGUAGCGAACAACUUGCAAUGGGUGAGACAUUUGGAAUAAAGGCUCCAGAAAAUAAGGUUGAUGUUGAUAUCGCGACUCAUAUACAUGUUAAGGAAGACGGACCAAAGAGGAGCCUGCUUUGCAUAGAGACAGCCGACAGGCCAGGUCUGGUUGUAGAGAUGAUAAAAGUGAUGGCUGAUAUCAACAUAGACGUGGAAUCCGCAGAGAUAGACACAGAAGGCCUGGUUGCGAAAGAUAAAUUUCACGUAAGCUACCAAGGGCAAGCACUAAACAGUUCUUUGUCACAGGAGCUGGUGAACUGUCUGCGUUACUUCCUGAGAAGGCCUGAAACUGACAUCGAUAGCUACUAAGUGAACUUUGUCUGUUCAGAAACAUAAACAGCUUUCUAUCCUUCUUCACGAAACUUUCAAGUCUUCUGUUUCGAAGAUGAUGUGGAAGUUCCUAAUACUACAACUGAACCAUUGUGGCUAAAAAUAAAUAAAGAGUUGGGAUUUUGAGCCCUUUUGAAAAUAGUAAAAAACUCGUUUUUUUUUUUGUAUUUCUGUAAUAAAUGAUGUUGAACUACUUAGAAAAAAUGAUAAAUGAAGUAGUUUAAAUUA